CAUUCAACUACGACACAUCUAUGACAGACUAUAGAUCAUACCAACAAGUGGUGGACCUAGCCAUACGACACCCCGGAAAACAAAAAAAAUCUAAAGUGGCUAAAAAGACGGCGGCUGUUCCAGUUUCAGGUAAGACCCGUACCAAGACAGGAUGUUUGACCUGUAGAAGGAGGAAGAAGAAGUGUGAUGAAAACAUCGUCAACGGAAAGUGCCAGGGAUGUAGUCGGAACUUCUUGGACUGCAGCUGGCCCGUGUUGAGCCAGUUGAAGGUGAGAGACGAGAAGGACCACAUCAUUGCCCUCAAUGGCAGAAAGCUCAGUGUAUCAAGUGAUUGCAGCGACUGUCUGACCGUGAGUGCCCUGACCGUGGCCACCAUGAGCUCAACCAGUCCACAACUUCAUGCAUACUCGAGUCCGAAGUACCACUCGUAUCCCAGUCCCAGGUCUCCUACGAUGGAUGAGAUGCCUAUCAAGCUUCCACCAUUACGGUUGCCAGAACCCAAACAACAACAGAACCCUACCCCUCAGUUUGUGGUGACGUGUGUUGACAACUGCCACCUGAGUUUCCGGAGCUGAUGAGCUUAUGAGAACAUACUACGACUUAUGACUGCACUAUUUUGCACCCAUGGGAUGGGACAAUUACUUAGACGAUCGAACAUGAUUGUCAGCAUGAUAAAUAUACCAAUAUAUUACAAAG